CUUUGACUUCAUACUUGAUUUAUAUGGAAAACACACGCAUUAAGUACCACUUCCAUACUACGUGAAAGCAAGUAUUACUUUUCCGACAUGUUUUGAAGCAUCUGUGACAAUGAGUUCUUUCCGGAAAUCAAUUGCGACGUGGUCAUGGCUUGCUCGAACCGGAGCUCCUUCUUCUCAUUUCCUCGGACACCCUCGACCACGAAGGUCUAUCUGCAUGCCUUUAUCCGAGAAGCAGAGCGGAAUCAAGUUUUCUAGCUUCAGCCAAAUGAGGCGCUCCGGCCUUACCAGCCAGACCCUCUCCCCGUUGGACCACACCGUCCCAAAGGUGUACUUCACGUUCUAUCUUUCCUUCCCCCUCAAAGAUCCCCAGCGCGGCGUUCGGUCGCUCCAAAAAGGUCUCGCCAAUCUAACCGAGUUGCUCCCGUUCCUGACGAAAGACGUGGCACCCUCCCACGAUGACGACCGCGACCAUGACAACGUCCACUGCAUCCAGCCUCCAUCGGCCGCGUCCCAGGCAAUCCCCAUGCUCCGGAUCCGAAACCACAUAACCGAGUCAGUUCGCACCAUGAUGGACACAGCAACGUGCACGGGAAUCGAGGAUGUGCGUUUCUCCGAACGAUACGCCCCGUUACCUUCGGUUCUGGACCCCGGCAACAGCCAGCCCAUACUACGGUUCGUCGCAAACGUCAUGACUGACGGGAUCAUCCUUGCUCUCACUUUCAAUCACCGAGUCAGCGACGGAACGGGAAUUGGGAACGUCCUCGAGGCACUUUCGCUGUGCUGUCAGAGUGAUCACCCUCCGUUGAUUCCCCAUCAGAACGACUUGCAGUUGCGCCGUCAGUUAUUAUCUCCUAGUAGAGCCGUGAAGCAGUCGGUAAGGGACUUUGCGGAGACAUACAGCCCCGAACAGCCGUUUCAUUGCAUAGAGGGGGAUAAGUGGUCUACGGCUAUGGACAGGAUGGCGAAGGAGUUGGAUACGUUCCGGUUCAGGUUCUCGAAUCAGCAGGCGAAAUCGCUGAAAAAGGCCUGCGCUUCCCUGUUGACGAAGGGAGGGUCCGGAGAUGAGCCUCCCUCGUUUCUGUCAUGCUAUGAUGUGAUGACGGCCCUGUUGACUCUCUCCCUCCGCCAGAGCGAGGGCCACAAGACAACAGAGGAAGAGGACUUCACCGUAGCCCAUGUCGUGAAUGCCCGGAGUCGGAUGGAUCCCCCUUAUCCUCCGCACUACAUGGGAAAUAUGGUCACGAUGGCGAUAGUGAGCCAGUCGGGGUCAGCUGAUCUAGUGGACAUAUCCAAAGCAAGCGCGGCCGCAAAAGAACUAGGCAUCAGCGAGGACGAAUUGGUGCAAAUCGCCAACAUGGCCGCCAACAUGCGCCGGAAACUCAUCGGCAUUGAUGAUCAGUAUGUCCGCGGCGUGCUGGCCCAUUUGCAGGAGCAACGCGAUUGGAGCAAGACGUAUAUCAAGGGAGGAGACAUCUCGUACUCCAGUAUCCGACACUUGAGGGUGUUUGAUUUCGACUUUGGCCCGGAGUUGGGCAAAGUCGCCGAUUUUCGGUUAUUCUUCGGGCUCCUCGACAAGUUCUGCCUCGUAUUGCCCGCGGGGCCGGGGAAUGACUGGGAUAUGCAGGUGAGUCUAGACCCCAUUUUCCAGCAGGUGUUGAGGAAGAAUCGCCUUUUCCGGUGGGCUUUGAAGCAUUAAUUUAGCGAAUUUAUUUUUAUUUUUUGUUGUUGUUGUUGUUGUUUUAAUAGGGGAGUUGGGGGUCCUAGGGGGGUUAAGUCUACUAUUAAGGGAUAUUUCAUAAUCUUCUUAAUAGUAGUACCCUUGGAGCAGUAUUGUUAAUACCCCUACUCUGUCCUAGGAUUGCCGCUCCUUUUAUCAGCCUAGUUAUCAGAUAGACCUGCUAUUAGUACGC